AAGUGACUUAAAAGUAAAGUUUCGUAGCUUGUGCUGGGCCAGUCACAGCCACUUUAUGGACUAGCGCCUUGAAAUGCCCUCUCUUUUCAGCUGGCGAUGGGGAAGAUGAUGGAGCAGGGCCCCGUGCUGAUCAUCACCUUCCAGGCUCAGCUGGUGAUGGUGGUUAAGAACCAGAAGGGAGAGGUGGUGGAAGGAGAUCCGGAGAAAGUCCUGCGGAUGUUGUACGUCUGGGCCCUCUGCAGGGACCCCGAAGAGCUGAACCCCUAUGCUGCCUGGCGGCUUCUGGACAUUUCUGCCUCCAGCACCGAGCAGAUCCUAUGAGUUGGCCCCGGGGGGGCUCGGCAGCGAUUCUGCAGAGGGUUUCCCCCCUCCUCUUUCCUGCGCAGAGUCCAGCACGAGGGACCCCGUGGUGCAGCGGGGCUGGACCGGGGCGCUGGCUCGGAUGUGGAUGCUGGGAGAUCCUCCCCCCUGGACUCUGUUUUCCUGGUCUUCAGACUCGGAGCUUGCCGGCAUCCGAGCACGAUGCGGAGCAACGCUGAGCCUCCUGUCCCCACGGACUUCUGCCGGGACGCCGGCCUGCGCUUUGUCAAAGUUGUGCCUGUUCCGAAAACUCGCUGCCCUCCCGUCUCGCGCCGAAGAGGCUUCUGGAACGGUCCUUUCCUUGUGGCUGAGUCGAGAGGCUGAGCCGGACCCCAGCGGGGCGGCCUUGGGGAGGGGGUGGGGUGGGGGACAACCUACCCACACGUGGGAGAGGAAAGCAGGAGGGUCUCUCGGUGUGGAAGGCUGGCAGGAGGGGCUCUUCCUCCCAGGAGCUACUUUCUCAUAGAGUGGAACCUAGGGGUCUUCGGUACCCCUCCCUUCUUUCUGCAGCCCUGGCAGGUUUUGGACUUGGCUUAGCGCCCUUGGUGGGGGGCCAGGGGGGGUAGUGGCCUCCUGCCCAUAAGAGUCUUCUACCCCUCCCCUCUGUAAAUUAAAA